AUGGCAGCAAGUUUUGUUGUUUACUUGUUAGGAAAUGUUAAUGCAAGGGAAAAACUGGAGAAGAAAGAUCUUGAAUUGUUGAAUCGAUUGAAAAUAGUCAAAGUGAACUCAGAAGUAGUUGAAGAGGAUACUAAAACAAGAAGUCGCCCUUUACCACAAGAAAGGCACCAGCUUGGUUUGCCAUCAUUUGGCUAUCAAGAACCCAGUAUUAUACCAGGAGGACGCUGCACACUUAGGCAAGUCUUGGAAUUUUUAGCUAAGCAUCAAAAUGACCCAGAAGAGCAUACAGUAGAAGCUAUAGCAAAAACUUAUUCCAUGAAAUCAGAAGAUGUACAAAACAUAGUCACAUAUUUCCGAGCUUUUGAGCUCUUCGUUCCGAGAGAGAACAAGAAAAAUGUAGGACAAGAUGUAUUGGACACUUUGGGAGUGGGGAAUGUGGUCAAACCACUGUUUCGAUCUAAAUUUAAAAACAUGAAUGAAGAGAUAGCUGAUGGCUCUGAUGAGAAAAUAAACAACACUAAAGAAACAGUUGAUGAAAAGAAAUGA